AGUUCCCGGGAAGGCUCGGGUUCGGUCGACAUACAGUUCCGCGCCAUUGUUGUCUCAGUGCAGCCGAGCUGACCUGCGUGCUUUUUCCUUCACUAGGUCACUCGGUGAGCGCAGGACACGUGCGAAGAUGGGCAGAGACGGCGCUCCACGGCCACUCUAGGGGAGGCUAGGAGCUCCUCUGACCGCAGCAUGGCUGCCAUCUUGUGGACGACACUGGCGCUGGUGCUGCUCUUGGCGGAAGCACGCAUAACUGAUGACAACGAGCUGAAGAAUCAGACCUACCAGUGGAAGACAGGGAACUGGGGCAGCUGCUAUGCACCAGGUGGCUGUGGCGAAGGUCGUCGUCAAAGGCAGGUGCGCUGUACAGACGGUGACGGUCGCACUGUGCUGCAGUACCUGUGCGAGGUACAAAAGACACCAACACACAGCAAGUCCUGCUUUACAGCAUGUCGACAUCACAAAGACAAGUUGCAGUGGCAGCCAGGAGAGUGGGGUCCUUGCCUGCCUGUGGCAGCUGGAGGCAUCUCUUCCUCGCCGCUGGACCCUGAUCGCGAGAGCCUGGGCGUCAAGCAGAGGAAUGUGACUUGCGUGCUGGUGGCGCACGAUUCUAACAAGGUGCAUCGACCCGUGGAUGAGGACAACUGUUUCACGGUAGCGCGCAAGCCUGACCCAGUCCGCUUCUGUCGGCUGCCACGGCCACAAGACUGUGUGACCAGCCAGUUCUCAGAGUGGAGCUCCUGCGACCACUGUGGCGAGGGCGGCCAUCCCUCCAACCAGACACGAGUGCGCACCGUGCUUGUGGCGCCCAUGUUCGGCGGCAAGCCUUGUCCGCAGCUGACGGAGAUGCGGCCCUGCUGGCCAAGGCCAGACUGCGCCAGGCGUGUAGAUGGCGGAGAUCAGCCCGAGUACAAACUGAAGGUGGGCGAGUGGCGGCGCUGUGAGGCGCCCAGUGCAGUUGUCUCCGCUGACUCGCUGGAGGCCGGUGUCGUCGCGCAUAUCGCUGGCGAGAGCGCGGGCCCCGAUCUGCACACCUCCCGAUGGGACGACGCUGAGAGGCGCCUAACCUUCCAGCCGCAGGUGGGCUACCGGACCCGCGAGGCUUCGUGCCGAGACGCCCGAGGAACCCGCGUCGACAUCAGUCUGUGCCUGGGCGAGAGCGCUGGUUCCGUCAUGCCCGCCUCGACUCAGCCCUGUGUAGUGCCCCAGGACUGCGUGGUCAACCAGUGGUCUGCCUGGGCGCUGGUCCAGGAAGGCUGCGUCGCUGCUAAUGGAAAGGUGCGGCCGGAAGUGCACGAGCGGAAGAGGGAAGUGGUGCGCCUGCAGCAGGGCGAAGGUCAGCCGUGUCCUCAUCUGGCGGAGAAGCGGCAGGUUUCCGACAAGGACCAACUGCAGCUCUGCAGUCACAGGUACCGCCGGCUGGCGUCCAAGUGGAGUCCCUGCGUGGUGACCUCCGACCAGCCAGCAGGACCCAGGCUGCUGGAGGUGGGCUGUGGAGGCGGCGUGCAGCUGCGUGACGUCACGUGCGUGUCCGUGGACUCUGGUCAGCCCGUGCUGGAGGAGCUGUGCGAGUCUCUCGAGCCUCUGCCCACAGUGCAGAGGUGCGAAGUGGCGUGUCCCAGGGAUUGUGAGGUAGGCCCUUGGAGCUCCUGGGGCCCUUGCAAGCCCGUGGACUGUCCAGAGUACAGCGACACCAUGCUGCCGGCCACGUCCACCCAUGCCGCGUCCUGGACAGCAGUUACUGGCUACAGGGAGAGGAGACGCAGCAUACAGGUGAUGUCGAGCGAGGAGGGGGUGGACUGCCCCAGCACCAAGGAGGUGCAGCCUUGCCCUCAGCCCACGUGCUACAGCUGGGUGCAGGGCUUGUGGUCGUCGUGUUACCUGGAUCCGGGCGCUAAGCGUUGUGGCGAGGGGCGCCGCACUCGGCUCGUCACCUGUCGUUCCACGCUCUAUGGAGUCAGUUCUUUCAGAAUAUGCUAAAUAUAUCAUAGUGGAAUAAAUAGUUUUAUAUGCUUACAUUAUUUACACUAUUGUGGCUUACAAGGCAUGUUUGUUUUCAGAUUACAUGAACAUUUUAAUUAUUUUUUUUUGCUCCGCAGAUUCUUUAGCAAUAACUUUUUGUGGUAAGGAAAUUGUUGUUGAUCGUUAAUUUUCAGGUGAAAUGCAUUUAAUUAUACUGCACAAUUUAUUUGGUAACAGUUCGAGUAUAAUCUUCGUUCAAUAGUCGUUGUAAAUUAUAUUCAAGAAUAUAAUAAUCCAUAUUUAUAUAAAAAGAGUUUUCAAAAUCUCAAUUCAUCAAGUAGCUUUUGGCAGUGUUUAAAAUGGCACGAAAAGAUUUGACAAUAUUAGAAAAUUACAUGCAAUGUAUAGUUUUUGUUCUAGUUAUCAAGCACUAAGUGGUGAGAGUUAAGAUAUGUUCAGAAUAUGCUGAAAUAUAAAAGGCUAUCUAGCCCGAAGAAGUGUGUGCAUAGAACGACGGUUACUUAAGCCCGACCCGGUGCGAAAAAGAGGGACCUCGUUUAACCCAAAUUAACUAUAAAUAUUGACAAAAAACUGAAUCAUGCCAAUGAAACGGGCUAUGCCCUUCAAAUCAAAUGUGUUCUGCUCGACCAUGUAGAAGCACCAUUUAGCGGCGUGCAGAAAAAUCAUAAUUGUACAAUGUCGUAACUUCUUCCAGCUGUUAUAAUAGUCACAAAGGAAAAAUUAAUUAAAAAAAAAA